UGAAUAUACAUCAAAGAUUUUAUUUAAUUCAUUAACGAAGAAACAGAGUGUUAACACCAGUUCCAAGAACAAUCCAAGGAACAGAUCAGGAAUAUGAAAUAAAUGUGUAAGUGGAGGCAAAACUUUUUUCCAAGGUAGUGGCGAGGGUGUCAUUCCAAUGGAUAGAAUUAAUUUGCAUGUGUAUAAACAAGAAUUAGUUUCCAUUGCUCUCAGUUAUCUACAACCUAUAAAUGUGUACAAUGAGUCCCAUGGAAUCAGAAGCAGAUAACCUGAAAGGAGCGCAAAAUUUCUUCCCCUACAACCAGUAACAGUUAUUGUCUGUCUCCAGAUAGAGGGAGGAGGCAGAGUCUUGGCUGGCAAUGGGAAUACACUGGUCAUGAGGCUAACUUCCCAUGCUUCAAUGAGCAUGUGGCUAAAGGAAUGUUUCUUUCCAUCCAGGGACUGUUUCAGGCAAAUGAGUCUACUUUGGUUCACCACUUCAUUGUGGGGGAGCCAACUCUGAAAGGGCUCGUAUCUGGACAAGCUAAUGAGCUACUCCCUGGCCACACAGCACUCCAAGGGCAGCCUAACUAUAAAGCUGCACCUUCAAAACGGCACCGUGCAGUCCGAGUGUGUACUUGGCCCCUUUUGGCUAAGUGGGGAGGAAGUGGCUUCGCAGGCCUAUGCUAUUCUUAAAGGAAUCUGAAACGCCAUUCAGAUCUCUGCCUCUUCAUUGUUCUACAUGCACGAGGCUGGGUUCUUUUGCUAGAAACAAUUCUGCUAGAAACGAUGCUUUCACGACUCUUAAAACAUUAUAGCUCAAGAUAUGGAGUCAGAACUGGGUCUGGGUUACGCCCAAGCAACUCCAAGCUUGUUUACUCCGGAAAAAAGGGGGGGGGAGGGGCAAAAUUAUGAUUCCGAGCCGUCAGAGUUGUGAGAUUUAAAGAGAUAAGGGCUGUCAAAAAUGCUGUGUAAAUUGUGAAGAGUUACUAAAAAGAGCAAAUUCGCUCCUCUUUUAGGAUGCCAAGAGGCAACGAGCAUCGCUGGAAAGAUGAGACCUUGGCCCUUAUCAAGCAUCAACGGAGUUACCCUGGAGCACAGCUGCGAGGCUGCCCGAGUUCUACUCGCUGGCUCCUCCCCCGCCACACGGGCCCGGGCCGGGGUUAGAGGCGGCGGGUCUCCGGCGCUGGGCCUCUACUGCCCACGGCCCGCAGGGGGUGAGGUUCAGUGCCGGGGCGGGGCAGCCCCGGCUGCUCAGUUCCUGAUUCUAUAAGUGGUGCCCGAGGCUGGCGGCGCCACAGGCGCGGGCAACGCGGGCGACGCAAGAUGGGCCGGCGAGGCGCUGAGAGUUGGCCCCGAGGCCCCGGGCAGCGGCGGCCGCUCCUCCCCACCGUCCUCCCGCUGGGGCUGCUGCUGUUGCUGCUGCCUCCUCUCGGUUCCAGCAUUGGGGCCGGCCGGCCGCCUCACCUCGUCUUCGUGCUGGCGGACGACCUGGGCUGGAACGACGUGGGCUUCCACGGCUCGGAAAUCCGCACGCCGCACCUGGACGCGCUGGCGGCCGGCGGAGUGCUGCUGGACAACUACUACACGCAGCCGCUGUGCACGCCAUCGCGGAGCCAGCUGCUCACCGGCCGCUACCAGAUCCACACAGGUUUACAGCAUCAAAUAAUCUGGCCCUGUCAGCCCAGCUGCAUUCCUCUGGAUGAAAAACUCCUGCCCCAGCUUCUAAAAGAAGCAGGCUACGCCACCCAUAUGGUCGGAAAAUGGCAUCUGGGAAUGUAUCGGAAAGAAUGUCUUCCAACUCGCCGAGGAUUUGACACUUACUUUGGCUACCUUCUAGGUAGUGAAGAUUACUAUUCCCAUGAGCGCUGUACGUUAAUCAAUGCUCUGAAUGUCACACGAUGUGCUCUUGAUUUUCGAGAUGGUGAAGAAGUUGCAACUGGAUAUAAAAAUAUGUAUUCAACAAACGUAUUUACUGAGAGGGCUACAGCCCUCAUAACUAACCAUCCACCAGAGAAGCCUCUGUUUCUCUACCUUGCUCUCCAGUCUGUCCACGAACCCCUUCAGGUCCCCGAAGAAUACCUGAAGCCAUACGACUUUAUCCAGAAUAAGAAUAGGCAUUACUAUGCAGGAAUGGUGUCCCUCAUGGAUGAAGCAGUGGGAAAUGUCACUGCCGCCUUAAAAAGCCGCGGGCUCUGGAACAACACGGUGUUCAUCUUCUCCACAGAUAACGGAGGGCAGACUCUGGCAGGGGGCAAUAACUGGCCCCUUCGAGGAAGAAAGUGGAGCCUGUGGGAAGGAGGCGUGCGAGGGGUGGGCUUUGUGGCCGGCCCCUUGCUAAAAAGGAAAGGCGUGAAGAACCGGGAGCUUAUCCACAUUUCCGACUGGCUGCCCACCCUGGUGAAGCUGGCCGGGGGCAGCACGCAUGGCACCAAGCCUCUGGAUGGCUUUGAUGUGUGGAAAACCAUCAGUGAAGGAAGCCCGUCCCCCAGAAUGGAGCUGCUGCACAAUAUCGACCCAAACUUUGUAGAUGUUUCACCAUGUCUUGGGAACAGCACAGCUCCGGCAAAGGAUGAUUUUUCUCUUCCAGAGCAUUCAGCCUUCAACACAUCUGUCCAUGCUGCAAUUAGAUACAGGAACUGGAAGCUCCUCACGGGCUACCCAGGCUGUGGCCACUGGUUUCCUCCACCGUCUCAAUACAAUGUUUCUGAGAUACCCUCCUCGGACCCACCGACCAAGACCACCUGGCUCUUUGACCUUGAGCGGGACCCAGAGGAGAGGCAUGACCUGUCGAGGGACCACCCCCACAUCGUCCAGCUGCUCCUCACCCGCCUGCAGUUCUACCAGAAGCACUCUGUGCCUGUGUACUUCCCGGCACAAGACCCCCGCUGCGACCCCAAGGCCACUGGGGCUUGGGGUCCUUGGAUGUAGGAUUUCAAGGCAGCCUUGGGGGUGGGGAGAGCGGGAGAGGCGGCUAGAAAGCCUUCCUGGUACACGAUGGACUUCAGGGCUUUACUGGUGUGACUCUUGUCUCACUGAUGCUCCCAACCUGGGUCCCCCCUGACCACUUCUCUCGCUCCUAAACCACACUGAGGUAUCUGAUUUCGACCCCUAGGGCAUUGGCGAAGCUGAUAAAAUGUGAACACUUGCACUGUUGGCUGUGGCAUGUGUCUAAAGGAGAGGGCAACUGGGUUCGUCCCCUUUUUCCUAGGCUGUGGGACAGCUGGGGACUUGACUGGAAGGAGGAAGCGAUUGAGUCCUGGAGGCCAGAGCAGCUGGUUCUUUUUGCUUCACAAGUCAGAUGUUAGGUUUCCCUCUGCCAAUAGCCGGGUUUUAUGGGAGUGACUCACAUUUCUCGUAACAAAUGAAAGGAGCAGACAGUUGUUAAUGGUUCUGUUGGCCAGCGCUCCUCCAUGUCGUGAGAGAUUGUGUUCAGGCAUCCCAGGCAAAUAACCUGCCUUGCUUCACCCCUCGCUCACGCAUCUCAUCACUCACCCUGUCAGGAAGCAUAAGGCUUGUUUCGUGGUUAAGAUGGGCCUGGCGAUAUGCCUACUCACUGGUGUGGAUGUUGCCAAUAAAGGGAUGUGCUUUUAACCCCCCACUCUUUCCCAGCCAUUGCUCAUCUGGUCUGGUCUGCCUGCGACCUCCCAGCUCCCUUUGUGGUUCUCCUUCUAUCCCGUCUUCUGACUCAGGCAUCCCGAGCCUGGGAAGGCUGCUUUGCUUCUCCGCUUUGAGCAUCUCUGGUGUUUGGAACAGUGCCGAGGCUUGCCUUUUUUGGGCCCCCAACACGGAAGCUAGAGCCCAUCCCCAGGAGGGCGGCACGUCUGACUCUGUGGGCAUGCUCAUGGUGGGCACAGGGAGGACUAGCUGGCGGGGUGAUGCUUGGGUCGCUGCUGUCUGGUUAGUGACAUUUUUUCUGGUUGCAUGGCGUUGAUUCUCAUGGUUGUGGUUACGUCUCGUCGUGUACUGAGUUGCACUGCUAUCCUCCAGCAGUGAGGCAGAACCUUGGGAAAGGCUCAUACCAUCCUGAGAUGAUGGAAGAGGCCAGUUUGACAAAGGAAGCGGCUGGCAUCCAGGAUACUAAGGCUUGGUAAAUGCAGAAGACGGCACAACCGCAUGCCCUUCUUCUCUCGGUUUUACUGCUUAUUUGGAGGGUCUAAGGCUAGGGAAAGGGGAGGUACAGUUUGACCCGCCUGCUCUCUCUCAGCCCUACCCAUGUCCUACUAACAUGGGCCAGUCCAGAUCAGCUCCAGAGUGUCAGACUCAGAGAAAUAGGUCCUCAAACUGUACUCUUUUCUGCAUUAGCUCCACUGUUUCAUUUACUGCUUUCCUUCAAGGCCUGGAUCAGUGCCUUGUACAUAGAAGGCAUUCUUUUUGAAAAAUAAGUGAAUGAAUGAACGAAUGAACAAAUGAGUAAAUGAGAAGGUCUCACACCAGUGGAAGGUGCUAGCCCAGUGAGCUGAAUACAAGGAUGAAUAGAAACAUCUUCCAACCAUGGCUUUUCUGUUGUCAAGCUGCCCUCCUGGCAGAGGGGCACAGGCUGCAUAUCUGGGCAGUCUAGGACAUGCCAUAGUGAAGCGGGAAGGCCCUCUCAGAAGAAGAGGGGAGAAAAAUAUGCCUGCUGAAGCUUCUCUUCUGCCAGUAACUCAGUUUUCUUUUGCUGAGAAUACUAGAAACUAAAACCACCAAGUAAGACGAUAUAGGUCUUGGAACAGUCACCCUUCAAUUCCAUAGCAAUGGUUUCUGGUGACGACUAACGUAUUAUGAUAUGAUGAUUGGAAGGAAAUGGUGCUAGAACUAAGGACACCUCUUCCCAACCUGUGCCCCACGCCUGGGCGGGCAUGCUGCUGGCCAGGAUGCUAUUACCUCUCACUCCCAAGCCUGUGGUGGGUGUCAUGAACUAACUGAGACUAGAUGUUCCUUUCGGAUCCUUCUAACCCCAGGGCUAUAGAUGCCAUUAAUACGGUGCAGGGCUGUAGGUGCCAUUAAUAUGGUACCAGGGCUAUAGGUGCCGUAAAGAUUGGAGGCCAUGACUGCAUGACACCUUUGUGCUCCCCCGCUGUCCUCCCAGCAGCUGUUCCCAAUUCUCGUUCCUCGACGGCCACAUACAACGUGGGUGUUCUGCACACUCGGUGGCAUUAAAAGGGAUUUUAAAGACUGAUUGUUUUUGGUCAAAACAUUUAUUUGAGAUUUUCUAUUAUCCAUAAUAGAACGUGUCUCAUUAGAUUUUCUUCUUCUGUACGUGAAGGUGAACAGAUUUUUUUUGGUCAAAACAUUUAUUUGAGAUUUUCUCUCAUCCGUAAUAGAACGUGUCUCAUAUUUUCUUCUUCUGUACAUGAAUGAAGAUGAACAGAGUCGUAUGUUGUCUUUAGAAGUAUUAACGGUAUUUCUUUCUGAAUUUGUUUACCUUUAAAAAACAGUUUUGUUUUUUUCUUUGUUGCUACUUGAUUGCUCCAGCUUGGGGGAGGGGGGCAAAAAAGUAAUCUUUUGAAAUGUGUCAGCUGUGAGUAGGGGGUGUUCCUUUGGGAAAUGAAAAGGUUCUGGAAAUAGAUAAUGGGGAUGGUUGUAAACAUGAUGUACUUAAUGCCUCUGAUUUUUUACACUUUAAAAUGGUUAAAAUGAUAAAUUUUAUGUCGUUUUUAACCACAAUUUCAAAAAUGUGUCGGCCCAUUUUAUGAUAUGUCAACUCUAACUCAAUAAAGCUGUUACAUAAAUAAAUAGAGCAAAAAAGAUCAGAGCUAAAAAA